UCGCAAACUUAAAAAUGUCCAAUAUUUUCCGCAACUUGAAGCGUCCUUUGCUGCCCACUCGACCAAUAACCACCACCCAAGUGCUGAACAUUCCCAGGAGUUUGGUCAAAUUGCGAAAAAUCCAAGCCGAUUUCCAAUGUGAGGAUGGAAGACCUAUUUGGUUGAAGGCAGGGUUCCGUGACAGGGUUUUGUAUACUUCUACCAUCGUUGGCUGCUGGGUCGGCGUGUUCAUGGUCCUCGCCACCAUCUAUGAGAACGCUAAACCGCCCUCGUGGAAGACCAACAUAUGCUAAAAGGGAAAUGUAUUAGAAUAAUGUUAAUGAUGUGGGUUAAUUUUGUAAUU